GAAGUUCACCUCGUGGUUGCUGGUGUCCAGUAACAAGGCCCAACUCUCUCCCUCUCUCUCUCUCUCUCGCUCUCUCUCUUCCUUGUUUCUUUUUCCUUCUUUUGUCUGUCAACAAGAAGAAAAGGAGACCCUUCUAUCAAAAUCUUCAGUUGCGAGGAAUAGUCCUUUUCAUCAUCCAUAGAUCUUCAGUUUCCCAUUUUCACAAGGAGAAUGAUCAUCACAGUGAAAGACUCAACCAUGGUCCGGCCGGCGGCCGAGACACCACAUCACGGGCUGUGGAAAUCGAAUCUGGACCUUUUGGUGCCAAGGAUGCACACUCCAAGCGUUUACUUCUAUAGAUUUGAUGGCAGCCACAACUUCUUCGACACGGAGGUGAUAAAAGACGCACUGAGCAGAGCACUUGUUCCGUUCUACCCCAUGGCCGGCAGGCUUCGGCGAGAUGAAGAUGGUCGAAUCGAGAUCGACUGCAAUGGCCAUGGGGUUCUCUUUGUUGAGGCCGUGGCGGAGGCGACGGUGGCCGAUUUUGGAGAUUUUGCUCCUACCAUGGAGCUCAAGCAGCUCAUCCCAGCUAUUGACUACACCGGACAAAUCUCUUCCUACCCUCUCUUGGUCCUUCAGGUCACGUUUUUCAAAUGUGGAGGCGUCAGUGUAGGGGUUGGCAUGCAGCAUCACGUUGCCGACGGGUUCUCGGGUCUGCAUUUUAUUAAUUCCUGGUCCGAUAUUGCUCGUGGCAUGGAUGUGAAUUCCCUCCCUUUCAUUGAUCGGAAUCGGACCAUCUUAAGGCCAAGGGAUCCUCCAAUGCCUGCCUUCCCUCAUAUAGAGUAUCAGCCUCCUCCCCCAUUGAAAAACAAGAUCCUGACAGAGAUACCACAUGGAAAACACCAAACCACCCCUCCAUCCGUGGCAAUUUUCAAACUUACCCGGAACCAAUUAACAAAGUUGAAGAACAAGGCCAAAGAAGGAGAUAACUCCAUCAGCUAUAGUUCCUAUGAAAUGCUGUCCGGGCACGUAUGGAGAUGCGUUUGCAUGGCCAGAGGCCUAGACCAUGACCAAGAAACCAAGUUGUACAUAGCCACGGACGGCCGCUCACGGCUCCAGCCACCGCUACCGGCGGGUUACUUCGGCAAUGUCAUCUUCACCACGACGCCUGUCGCGAUCUCCGGCAACCUAGUGGCCAUGCCAACAUACUACGCUGCAAGCAAAAUCCACGAUGCAAUCUCAAUAAUGGACAACCAGUACUUGAGGUCGGCGCUCGACUACCUAGAGCUGCAGCCCGACCUGAGCACGCUCGUUCGCGGGGCACACACUUUUGAGUGCCCGAACCUAGGCAUCACCAGCUGGACCAGGCUGCCCAUUCAUGAUGCGGAUUUUGGGUGGGGGAGGCCCAUUUUCAUGGGACCUGGGGGCAUAGCUUAUGAGGGCUUGGCUUUCAUGCUGCCUAGCCCUUCCAAUGAUGGUAGCCUGUCUAUUGCCAUUGCUCUGCAACCUAACCACAUGAAAGCUUUUGAGAAAUUUAUAUAUGAAAUAUGAGUCCGUCCAUAACUUGCCGAUAUCUGCUGCUUUAUUUGCCAGAUGCAGCAGCACUUUGUGUGUUGUCUUUCUCAAUGCAUGAUUAUAUGGGUGGCUUUUACAUAUUUGAAAAAGAUAUGAAUAAAAGAUGUAUUUUUAGAGGUC